UCAUUUCAAAUUAAAAGUUAUCCGAACGUCUUUCACCCGACAUUGAGUCAGUAGUGCAUCUUCAUAACGGAGAUCUAGCCGGCAUCGUUGCGCGCAGUUUUAAAUUUGAAUUUUCAAAAAUAUAUCUAACAUGUCUCGUUUAGUGCUUUUGGCCGUUUUCGUUGCCGUUGUUGGCUACGCUGCUGCACAAAAUCAGGCUCCACAAACCAAGUCCCGCGCAGCUGAUGAUGAUGAGAAGCUGGUUGAGGAACAGAACCGCAACGCUCACUAUGCCUUCGAUGUAGCCAUCGAUGAUCAAAUCCGCGACAGUGGUUUCCAACGCCAAGAAACCCGUGAUGGAGUCAACGUUAAGGGAUCAUACUCAUACAAUGAUGGAUUCUUCAAGAGGACCAUUGAAUACGAGGCUGACGACCAAGGAUACCGUGUAGUUAACGAACUCGUUGAACCAAUCGGUGACGGGCCAAAAUACAAUCCAAGUGGAAAGGCUGAAGUUAGCGGGUCACAAAUUGGACAUUUCACAAUUACAGAAGAUGAUGUUCCUAAAUAUGAACAACAAAAUCCAAAGAAGUUGUGAAUUAAUUGUAUGACUUGUUAAGUGGUUUAAUAUAGUAGUUGUUUUCUUUUGUA